AUGCUAAUCCUAUCCGUUCAUUCACAACAAUUUACGGUAAGAGAAUUUAUAGAUUUGGGGGAGUGAGGUUGAAAAACGAUAAAUCUCGGAUUUCAGGACGAAGAUAAUGUCAUAGAGAGUCUUUUAUUGCGACGACUACGACGAGGAUUGGGCCCCCCGGCCGACCGGACAGAACAGGAGAUGCCGAGGUUCGUCGACAUUAUCAUCGAACCCAAACGAUACACCAGAAAUCGUAAGGAAAAACAUUUUCUGCUUCCAAUUUCUCUCUUCCUUAUAUCAGCCCGUUUUCAACAUAAGAUUACUGUAAUUUCCAAAAGAUUUUGGCGUAGUCGGAAGUCUGUUUACGUAUAUUUUUGGCAACAUUACCACAAAGGUCUGCAAAUGACGGCCGUUCCAAUUACUAGUUGUUCCUUUUAAACCUGUAAACGACUUCCCACGCCUUUCCUACACAGUAUCCGUUCAUUUUACUUAUUAAUUUCAGUAGGACGAUAUUCAGACUAUACGCCAACGCCUUGUCGAUGGAAGUUGUGUGCCUCGUUGUUCGGCUACUAA